UAGUUGCGGCUGGGUUGGUAUAUGAAAUUCCUCGGCUGACAAAGCCGGCGAGUUUGAGAAGGCAGAAAAGAAGAGAGGAGCCGGAGACUCUCGGUCAAGGCGAGAGAGAGAGAGAGAGAGAGAGCAGGUGGAGGAGGAAGACAAAGACGACGAAGGACAGAGGAGAACGAGGACGCGUGAUUCUCAUCUCACUCUCUCUCUCUCUCUCUCUCUCCUCCCUUCUUCUUCUUGCAAAGCAAAUAGAAGAAGGAACCAGACAACUGAAAUCGCCGACAUUCGUCCAGAUUUUCUUAACUUCACGGAUCCCCAAAAGAAAUCGGUUGCGAUUGUUUUUUUCUUAGAUUUUCGAGGGAGGAAGAAGGGAAGGGAGGGGAGGAGGAAACGCGAACUAGUUCGCGUAAGUUGUCCUGAUUUUGAGAACUUCAGAGAUCCCAAAGUCUCGGUCUAUUUUUUAUUGGUUUUCACACACAGGGAGAGAGAGAGAGAGAGAGAGAGAGAGAGCGAGAGAGAGAUGGAAGAAGGUGAAAGGGGCAGGGAGGAGGUGCAGUCGCUGAUGGCAAUUACGGGGGAAGUGUCGGGGAUAACGGAAUUCCGGUCCGACUUCUUCAGAAGGGAAUUUGUCGGCCUGAGCCGGAGGGUGAGGCUCCUCGCUCCAUUGCUAGAGGACGUCAGGGACUGCGCCGCCUGGCCCCUGCCCGAGGAAGCCCUCGAGGGGCUGGCGUCGUUGCGGCAGGGCCUGGAAUCGGCUCGCGACCUCCUCAGGUUUGGCAGCAGAGGCAGCAAGGUCUUCAUGGUUAUAAAAAGAGAAGAAUUGAUAAACAGAUUCCAGAAAGUGAACGACCAACUGGAGCAGGCUCUGAGUGCCAUUCCGUAUGAUAAGCUUGACAUAUCAGACGAAGUUAGAGAACAGGCUGAGCUUGUGAAUUCUCAAUUUAGGCGGGCCAAAGAACGGAUAGGUGCACUUGAUAAUGACCUUUAUGCAGAUCUUAUUUCUCUCUAUUAUCAGAAUGACAACAUUGACGUGGAUCCUGCCAUAAUGGAGAGACUGACACAAAAAUUGCGGCUCUUGACCAUACAAGAGCUGAAAGAAGAAUCUUUGGCUUUACAGGAGAUGGUUGUUACUGGUGGAGAUCCAGAUAAUAGCCUGGAAAAUAUGUGCAGGUUACUGAGGAGAAUUAAGGAUUUUGUGCAGAGCCACAUCCCAGAAACAGCUGAUACUGUAGCAGAGAAUAAUGUUACUUCUUGUGAUGGUGAUCUUCCAUCACCCAUGAUCCCUGAUGAUUUUCGCUGCCCAAUAUCCUUGGAAUUGAUGAAAGACCCAGUCAUAGUUGCCACUGGACAGACAUAUGAUCGGUCUUGCAUACAGAAGUGGCUAGAUUCUGGUCAUGAAACAUGUCCCAAGUCACACCAAACACUCCCUCACACUAUUCUUACUCCAAAUUAUGCCCUUCGAAGCUUGAUAACACAGUGGUGUGAGUCACACGGCAUCGAACCUCCAAAGCGCCUCUCUGCAAGUGGCUCUGCUGACCGUGCAGCUAUUGACGCUCUCAUUUCUAAGCUUUCUUCAGCCGAUUUGGAUGAUCAACGGGCUGCUGCUGGUGAACUUCGGCUUUUGGCAAAGCGAAAUGCUGAUAAUCGCAUCUGCAUUGCCAAUGCUGGGGCAAUUCCUGUUCUUGUCCUUCUUCUUGCUUCAUCCUCAGAUCCCCGUACACAGGAGCACGCGGUAACUGCCUUACUAAACCUCUCAAUAUGUGAAAAUAACAAGAAGUUAAUCAUGGCAACAGAAGGAGCCAUUUCAGGAAUUGUUGAUGUGCUACGCAAAGGAAGCAUGGAAGCAAGAGAAAAUGCAGCAGCUACACUCUUCAGCUUGUCGGUUGUUGACGACAACAAGGUGAUGAUUGGUUGUACUCCAGGGGCAAUCCCAGCAUUGGUAGAGUUACUGAGAGAAGGGAGCCAUAGAGGGAAAAAAGAUGCAGCUACUGCUCUGUUCAAUUUGUGUAUGUUUCAGGGGAACAGGGGAAAAGCAGUGAGGGCUGGAGUGGUGGAGACGCUAAUGGAAAUGGUUAUUGAAGGAGGGAUGGUGGAUGAAGCUAUAGCAAUUAUGGCAAUACUGGUGGGCCACCAUGAGGGCAGGGCAGCAAUAGGAUCUGCGACAGGGGCAGUACAUAUUCUGGUGAAUAUAAUAAGCAAUGGAUCGCCAAGAAAUAAGGAAAAUGCAGCGGCUGUGUUGCUGACACUUUGUUCAGGUGAUGGUAACCGUCAUUUGGCAGAAGCACGAGAUAUGGGAGCAAUGGAGCCAUUACUGGAGUUGGCAUACAACGGAACGCCAAGGGCCAAGAGGAAGGCUACUGCAUUGAUAGAACAUCUGACCAGGUUUGAGGAGGAGCAGCAGCAACAGCAGCGACAGAUUCAAGACGAAGAACGGCAAUGUGAGCAGCAAGAACAGCAGCAGCAGCAGCAGCAGCAGCAGCAGCAGCAGCUCGAACAGCUACACUAAUUCUCAUCACCAUACAACCACUGUGGAUAUUUGAUUCUUUGUGUCGUUUAUUCCAAUGUACGUAGUGGAGGUGGAAGAUCAUCUCUACUUCCAUGUUAGUUUCUGUGAUUUGUUGUUGAUGUAUCAGUAAUUUUGUCUUCUUUUUCUUUGUUAUAUUUUUCUAAUUCUGUCAUAAAAGUAUAUAAAGGAAAGUGGUCUCUUAUCUGUUAUCCGUAUUAAUUGUUCAGAUGGAUAGCUGUUGCGGAGAUCAUCCAAAUUGAAUUGCUUAGGCCAGGAAGAGAGCCGCUUUUAAAGCUAUUUCAUCCUGGGAAACAGUUUUGAAUAUAUAAUAAAUAUGUAUUACUUUA